CGAGUCUCAGCUCCAUCGCUAAUCCUUCCCAAGAAACGAGACUCAAGCUGCUAAACAGAUCUAGCUAGCUUGUUUGUUAAAUGCUUCUGGUGCCGAACAUGGGUACAGGUAAGAUAUAAGCAUGUGCACGAAAUUGAGUUUCUUCAGUUCUGGCUAACAAAUUUCAUGCCGGGCGGAGGAAUAAUCGAGUACUGGCUCGCUGGAAAAGCUUCCAUUGUGCGUUGACGUGGAUCUGUGUGAGUAAGUUGGGCGGUGAAGUGGGUUUGAGGUCGAAGAUCUGAUGAUUCAUUGGCUGCGAGGACGAUGUGAUAAGCGAAAAAGCUGAAGCGGUGCUUUUAGAUUCUCUUGCUGCUCCAGUAUCGAAUGUCGAGGAUUGAGAACGGUGCGGUUCAGGGACUCGGAACUAGGUACAACUGGGAAGCCGGGAUUGAUGCGUAAUCUGGAUCCCGACGUGAAUCAUUCACUGGCAACUGGACUUGGUAGGUAGAGAUUGGAUUGUUUACUUUAGACGCCACCGCUAAAUCUAAUCUCAGAGUUCAGUUCUUUGACGGAUGAGCUCCGGUUUCCGAUUCCUAUUUUUCAUUUCAACAUAAAAUGACGCUAAUGUGAAACGAAGAUUGCGAUAUGUAACUGUGAAGACAUCAGUUUUCGUACGGGAUGGAAUAGGUUGCCCUGUCCUGCAUGCAAGGUGUCCCGCACGUAUUCAUUCUCACUUAAAGCUCGCAACGGAAUCAUGAGACACAUUCCGGAACGAACCUGACUGACCACUUGGGGUUAACAGGUGCUUUGCAGCUGGCGUGACGGAGGUAGUAGACCACUUCGAGGAAAGGCUUAGUUUUGGUUCUGUGAGAGGAGAGAGAUUUUGGAGUUAUGGCGGCCAUGGCGAUGGCCAGAGGCAAGGCGAGGACGCUCCUGUCGACGGCCUUGCGCGCUACUUCGGCUGGCCCUGCUCGCCUGCAUCGAAAUUUCUGUGCAGCGGCAGCAGCUGAGGAGCUGGAGAAUCCGACCAUAGCUCCCGUGGAGGUCAAGCUUACGAAGCUGCUCAUUGAUGGGGAGUUUGUGGACGCGGCCUCAGGGAAGACGUUCCCGACCAUCGACCCAAGAAGCGAGCAAGUGAUUGCCCACGUUGCUGAGGGAGAUGUCGAAGAUGUCAACCGCGCUGUGAGAGCUGCCCGCAAGGCCUUCGAUCAUGGACCCUGGCCGAAAAUGCCCCCUUUCCAGCGCCAGCGAAUACUCCUCAAGUACGCAGAUUUGCUCGACCAGCAUGCGGACGAGCUCGCAGCGCUGGAAACGAUGGACUCUGGAAAGCCCUAUGAGCAGGCCCGCUACGCCGAGCUCCCCUUAAUGUCCCGUCAAUUCAGAUACUUCGCUGGUUGGGCUGACAAGAUCUUCGGCACGACGGGGCCGUCAGACGGAAUUCACGCCGUCCAGACACUCCACGAGCCUAUUGGAGUUGUUGGACAGAUCAUUCCGUGGAAUUUCCCCUUAGUUAUGUACUGCUGGAAGGUGGCGCCCGCUUUGGCAGCCGGUAACACUAUUGUGUUGAAGACGGCGGAGCAAACGCCUUUGUCUGCCAUCCUUGCAGGGAAGCUGGCCCUGGAAGCUGGCAUUCCUCCGGGCGUGCUGAACAUUGUCUCCGGAUAUGGCCCCACUGCGGGUGCCUCCAUCGCUGAGCACAUGGACAUCGACAAAGUGGCCUUCACGGGGUCGACGGAGGUCGGGAAGCUCGUCAUGGCUGCUGCAGCGCGCAGCAACUUGAAGCCCGUGACCCUGGAGCUCGGAGGAAAAUCGCCCAUGAUCAUCUGUGAAGACGCAAACGUGGACGAAGCGGUGGAGCUUGCCCAUUUCGCUCUGUUCUUCAACAUGGGUCAGUGCUGUUGCGCUGGCUCUCGCACCUUUGUCCAUGAGAGUAUCUACGACGAGUUUGUAGAGAAAUCCAAGGCGCGCGCAUUGAAGCGCGUCGUCGGUGAUCCGUUCAGGAAGGGCGUGGAACAGGGUCCUCAAGUGGACAAGGACCAGUUCCACAAGGUGCUCGGAUAUGUCGAGAGCGGCAUGGAACAGGGUGCCAACCUUAUCACAGGUGGAGGUCGUUUGGGGAGCAAGGGCUACUACAUCAAGCCAACCAUCUUCACCGAUGUGAAAGAAGGCAUGAAGAUCUUCGACGAGGAGAUUUUCGGACCCGUCCAGUCGAUCGCAAAGUUCAAAACCUUGGACGAAGUUGUGCAGCGUGCCAACAACACAGUCUACGGUCUGGCUGCCGGCAUUUUCAGCAACAACAUCAACACCGUGAACACUUUGAGCCGGGCAUUGCGAGCGGGAACCAUCUGGGUCAAUUGCUUCGACGUCUUCGACGCCACCAUCCCCUUCGGUGGGUACAAGCAGAGCGGCAUCGGGCGGGAGAAGGGCAAGUACGUGUUGGAGAGUUACACGCAAGUGAAAGCAGUUGUGACGCCUCUGCACAACCCAGCUUGGCUAUAAACUCCCCCUCGCUCCUGCCAUCAUCUCCCUCCGUAUGUUUACCAAUCGCAGCUCCAGCAGUCUUUAUAGAUUCAUCCUCGUGGAUUGGGAAUAGGCCUUAAAUAUGUGUUCUUCUCGCAACUGGAGCGCUGAAGCUAGAUAACGACGACGGCACCACGCCAAUGCAAACUCUGUAAUGUACGUGUACUGAUUCGCUUCUCUACCGAUGAAGCUUCAAAUGGUCGGCAUCGUUGCCGAGCUUGUCGGUGGAUUCGGUUCAGUGUAGUUGAAUAGAUUGAGGGAAAAAAAAAAAAAAAAACAAAACAAAACAAAAAAAAAGCUUAGAACCCUGUAUAUUGCUUAGACCAAGCACGAAAUAAUAAAUAGAAGGAAAGUAAAGCACUCUUGUGCACAAUGUAGUCGUCUGGUGAGAUGUUUGCCUUGAGACAACGGCGCAUUUAUUCGAACGUUGAUGAAUGUAUCCACUAACUAAUCUUGUGACUUUGAACUGAAAACAGAGGAUACACUUCUUAUUAUUAGUAGUAAUAAAUGAUGGUGUGUGUGCAUUCAUUACCAUGGUA